AUGGUUGACACAAUUCGAAGUCUAGAUAUCGAGAGCGGUCGUCUCAAAGACGUGGACAACGACCAAAGCUUGCGAGGAUAUUCCAUCCAUGUAGUACCACAAUCCUUUGGAAGCACGAUCGGUAGUCCGACCGCAUUAGCGAUCGGAGCAUUUGCGACUACUCUUACAACGCUCUCUUGUGCUCUUAUGGGAUUCCGCGGGCUAUCUAAUACAGAUGUUUUCGUUGCGAAUUUCAAUUUUUGUGCAGGUAUAGGCAUGGUUAUCUCUGCUCAGUGGGAGCUCAUUCGGGGCAAUUCAUAUGGCUAUACUGUCCUGAGUGCUUUUGGACUUUUCUAUGCUGGAUUUGGUGCAUUGGACAUUCCUUUUCUGGGGAUCGCAGCUGCAUAUGGAAAUGAUACUGUACAGUAUAAUAAUGCCCUUGGAUUCUUUGUCUUAUUGUGGUCUGUCUUCAACUUAUUUUUCUUGAUCGGAUCAGUUCCAAUAAACCUCGUCUAUAUUGCCAUCUUCUUUUUUGUACAACUAGCUUUUACUCUCGUCAGCGCAUCGUAUUUCUGCGCUGCAGACGGCAAUGUUGCAACAGCUGCCGCACUCAAGAAAACUGCCGGAGCCUUUGCUUUUAUCGCGGGGAUGUUUGGAUAUUAUACUGUCGGACAUUUGAUGUGCCAGGAAGCACUAUUUUUCGAUUUUCCAAUGGGCGAUACUAGUCGAUUUUUCAGGAGGAAAUUGAACAAUGAGAGGCCAGUUCCACAACAACAUGAGAAGGAAUCUCAAGCCUAGUCGAUUGUUCAGGACGAAACUCAACAAUGAGGGGCCAGUUCCACAACCACAUGAGAAGGAAUCUCAAGCCUGAAGGAUGAUUUACACAGGAGACACUGAGGUCCAUCAAAGAGGCGGUGGUUACGGUACAAAAUAAGGCUUUAAAAAAAGAGAGAGAAAAACUGUGAUAAAUUGCUGAAGCAUUUGGGAUUCGAUUUCUUAAGUUCCGAAUCUACGGCUAACUUUCAAAAAAAAUAACAAAUUCAUUCUUCGAUUGUUAAUAUCCGGAUUCACUUUUUGAUUGUUUCAUCUCGAA